GUUUUCACAUCACAUGAUUCCUGGUCCUCCAGGCCCUCACACAACUGGAAUCCCUCACCCAGCUAUUGUAACACCUCAAGUAAAACAAGAACAUCCGCACAACGACAGCGAGCUAAUGCAUGUGAAGCCUCAGCAUGAACAGAGAAAAGAACAAGAGCCAAAAAGACCUCAUAUUAAGAAGCCUCUGAAUGCUUUCAUGUUGUACAUGAAAGAAAUGAGAGCGAACGUUGUAGCAGAGUGUACUCUGAAAGAAAGCGCGGCUAUCAACCAGAUUCUUGGCAGAAGGUGGCAUGCUCUUUCCCGUGAAGAACAAGCGAAAUAUUAUGAACUAGCUCGUAAAGAAAGGCAGCUACAUAUGCAGCUUUAUCCAGGCUGGUCUGCAAGAGACAACUAUGGGAAGAAAAAGAAGAGGAAGAGAGAAAAGUUGCAGGAAUCGGCAUCAGGUGGGAAAAGAAAUGCUUUCUCAACUUGCAAAGCAAAGGCGGCGACACCAGGACCCCUUCUGGAGAUGGAAGCUUGUUAAACCCUAGGUGUGUCCUUCAUCCGCACAGACCACCCCCGAGGGGUCUGUCUAGGAUGUCAUUCACCCUGAUGUCACUGCUAGAGACACUGAAUCAUAAAGACAAUCACUGCCAAAAUCCUUCACUAUCACGAGGUCCAGCCCCGAUAUAAAUAGAACAAACGAGCUCCUGGGUCAGCAGAGCAGCUUUUGUCUUCACUCCACCUCUGCCUUGCACUCUUAAGCCCCCGUCUCACCUGCGUCCACACCGAGUCAGCAAAGUAGCGUGGCUGCCUCUGCCUGCUUCAGCCAACAGAGUGACGUAGACCACAGCUGCCCCAUACAGCACAGCGAGGAACGGGAUCUGCCUGGACCAGGAUGACACACUCGACCUUCUUUUUAUUUAAUGGUGCGACAGGAUCAAUUUUGGUUUUAGCUUUUUUAAGAAACUUGAAUGCUUUUAUAUUUUAACUUUUAGUUUGUAAUUUCUUUGGUGUAUAUUUUACUAGGUAUGAGCUUUUAAACAAGUGUCAGAAAUCUGAAAUACUUUUUAAAUAAAAGGGGUUUUUCUUUUUUUUUUUUUUUUUUCUGCCAGAGGAAAAACCUGUAUGGAAAAAAGGUGGCUUUUUUGUUAAACUAUUUGUAACAAAUAGUGGCCUCUCAGUCUAUAUAAUACAGUGUCCUAUAGAGUUAAAUAAAUGUAACAACAGUCAGCUGGUCAGUAGACACCUCAGUCUUGCAUCAUCUACUCUGUAAACAUAAGCAAUACAUCCAGCAAAUCUGACUGCAGUGAGUUCUCCUUCUCACCCAUUCCCCUUCUCCUUGUAAAAAGCCCAGCACUUGAAUUAUUACUUCAAUUGUUCUGUAUUUGUAUCUGUUUUUGUUAGCCUGUUAGUGGGAUUUUAUGCCAGUUGUUGAAAUGAGCAUUGAUGUACCCAUUUUUUAAAAUAGUAAGGCACAGCCUUUGCCAAAAAUACUGUCAACCGAUUUUUUUUUUUUUCUGGUCAUUCCAGUUUGAGUUUAUGUGCUGAGCAUUUGUUUUUUAAUAAAAGCUUUGUAAUAAAA